GCAGGUGGGUGUGCGGACACAGCACCACGUGACUUGGCUGUCUCCAUGGUAUAAAUUCACCUCUGUCUGUUUAGUCAGCCCUUCUCUUUCCACACAGAGCAGUGGUCUUUGCGUCUGAGCUACCCCAGCUGUAGCUUCGACUACCCCUCUCAGCCAUGGCAGAUCAGGCUUUUGUGACACUGGCUACCAACGACAGCUAUGCUCGAGGUGCCAUGGUUCUGGGAAAGUCUCUUCGCAGCCACAACACAUCCAAGAAAUUGGUUGUACUUGUUGGCCCACAGGUGUCUAACCCUUGCCAGUCUGUGCUGAAGAACAUCUUUGACGAGGUGAAGGUUGUGGAUGUGUUGGACAGCGGUGACACAGCUCACUUGGCUAUGAUGAAGAGGCCUGACCUGGGUGUCACGUUCACAAAGCUCCACUGCUGGACCCUCACGCACUACUCCAAAUGUGUUUUCAUGGAUGCGGACACUCUGGUGCUCUCAAACAUAGAUGAGCUCUUUGAAAGAGAGGAAUUGUCAGCUGCUCCAGAUCCUGGCUGGCCUGACUGCUUCAACUCUGGUGUGUUUGUUUUCCGGCCCUCUGUAGAGACUCAUGGCAAACUGCUUCAGUAUUGCACAGAACAUGGCAGCUUUGAUGGAGGAGACCAAGGUGUUUUGAAUGGUUUCUUCAGUGACUGGGCAACAGCUGACAUCUCAAAGCAUCUCCCCUUCAUUUACAACCUCAGCAGCAUAGCCAUCUACACUUACCUCCCAGCAUUUAAGCAGUAUGGGGGAAAUGCCAAGGUGGUCCACUUUCUUGGAAAGACCAAACCAUGGAGUUAUACUUUUGACCGCAAAACCAGACAGAUUUCAGGAGGUGUGCAGGAGCCUGCAAUGCAUCCCAGCUUCCUCCUGAAUUGGUGGACUCUUUAUGCCAGCACAGUGGUUCCAAUGCUGCAGGAACAUUAUGGCGACAAGCCGUUUCACUCUGGAUGUGUGGAGUGCAAGCACAGUGACUUGGUCACUUGUGAGACUGUACAGGGGGAAGGUGGUUCCUCACAUGCACAGGCUUUCCAACCCAUACCAACUUCAGAAGAACGUAAGGAGCAGUGGGAACAAGGCCAAGCAGACUACAUGGGAAUGGACUCAUUUGAUAACAUAAAGAGGAAGCUUGACACUUUUCUCAAAUGAAUAGUGAAAUGAAAAAAAAGUAUCUGCAGUCUGAACAAAUUGUCACUGUCUCUAAAACUCUGUAAAUGGGUUUCAGUCAAACUUUUUUUCCUUCACCAGCACUGUCACCAAUGUCCAAAGAAGAUUAAUCUCUAAGGAAAGUCACUAACUGGUUUAAAAAUCAAUUUGCCCUGUUACACUGUGAAAACACAUGACAAGUUUACAAUGGCAUGUACUCAAGGUAGUCUCUUAGAAUUCUUGUCAGUGCUGUUUUGUUUUUUUUAAUGCAGAUGUUAAAUAUCACUUUUUUAACUUUCAAGUCAACAUUAUUUCUGUGCUAGAGUUGGCUUUUUUUCUAGGAUGUUUACAAUGCUUAAAGGCAACUUCAGACUUGGUCACCUUGCUAGCUACAUUCUUUUGUCUGAUUGGAUUGAGCUCUAACAAGUUCUACUUGACGACCAGCAUCAUUGCUGCAUGCAACUGUAUUUCCUCAAACAAUAAAAGCAAUGGUCUGUUUC